AUGAUUUCUGGUGUUUUAUCACUAUCUCGAAGGUCUGCACCUUUACUUCGUUGCAAUUAUUGUCUUCCACACAUAAUUCAAGAAAUACGAUUACCCGUUAAAAAACGUAAUACAUUAUCAUCAAACGUUUCCCGGAGAUUUUUUCAGACAAAACUAUUUACAAGAACAUUUCCCUUUUCAACGGACAAAAGGAAUUUACUAAUUCCAAAUAUUUCGCCUUUCGAAACACGAGGUGCCAGUUAUAAUACAAAAGACGCGUGCUCGAGUUAUUUAACGUGCUUUAGGAGGCAGUCAACAGUUUCACCUAAUAAGGCACCAACAUCGAAUGUGGCAACGCCGAAAAAAGGGAAAGGACCAAAAUCAAAAAGCUCGAGUGCAGAUACCUUAAGUCCGAGAGCAAAAAAAGUGCUAAGAGUAUUAUCAGUCGUAAGCACUUGUGCAGGAAUAAUAUUCAUCAUAUAUUCAGGACGUCCAUUUGAGGGUGAUCGGGAAGAUCAGUACAAAAGUUUAGACAAGUUCACGGGAUGGAGUAAACGAUUAGAGGCACGUGGGAACGAUCUCCUUCAUUUUUUCACAGAACCUUCGUCAGACAAAUUAUUACCUGACAAAAAUACUUUGCCAAAUUAUUCACCGUACACAUUAGUAAUCAAUUUAGAUCAAACGCUUAUUUAUUCUACAUGGGAUAGAGAGAAUGGCUGGCGAACAGCAAAACGACCUGGUGUAGAUUUCUUCUUAUUUGUUUUGUCAAACCUUUUUGAAGUGGUUAUUUUUACUUCACAACCUUCAUAUGUUGCGGAUCAGAUUCUCACGAAGCUCGAUCCGCUGGCAAUGGUUCCCUUAAGACUUUAUAGAGAAUCGACGAGAUAUGUAGACGGGAAGAUCGUCAAGGAUCUUUCCAAGUUGAAUCGGGAUCUUUCCAAAGUGAUAAUCAUGGACUCUAAUGCCGAUUCCUAUUCAUUACAACCAGAUAACUCCAUCGCCGUUCCCCCAUGGAAAGGGGAUCCCAAUGACAGUUUUCUAAUUGAUAUCAUUCCAUUCCUUGAGCAUUUCACGCUAUUGUCACCAUAUGAAAUCAAGGAUGUUCGACCAAUAUUAAAGCAAUUUCGUGGAGUUGAUAUACCUAAGGCAUAUGCGGAAUGGGAGGAACAAUGGAAGGAAAAAAAACGACAGGAAUUAGAAAAAGCCAAAAGUGAAAAGAAGGGAUUGGCGAGUUGGGCGUCCGUUUUUGGAGUCGGUCACGGUCAAGAUCAAAUCCCUCAGUAUCAACAAGCACUAUUACAUCGACAGAUGGCACACGAAGAAUUGGUACAACAUUAUAAAUCCAUAAAGGAACAGAGUCCAGAAUUGCAACGAGCAAUGAAACAAGACAUGGAUAAUUAUGAGAAACAAAUUGCGGAAAGAAUGAAAGAGCAGAAGAUGACACUUUGGCAGCUGGCGAUACAGGGCCCACCAAAAGUGCCAUUCCCAGGACAAGAACAAAAUCCACAAUCCCAAUCGCAAACAAAUUCAUAA